GAGCAUGAAGCAGAAUGUGAAUUGGUCGUUUGUAAUGCUUGAAAAAACUCGACGAAUUAAAUGGAAAUUUGUGCGAAAUCUGAGACGAAGCCUGAAAAGUGCAGCAUCUCAGUCGAUGUUCAAGAGACGAAGAGUGGAAAGAGGCGACGUAGAUCUCCUCCAGUGGUAGCAUUUCGCUACAACAAUCAGCAGAUAGAACAACAGCACCCUCAGGCAAUUAGGGUUGAUCAAACUGCAGCUGCUACAACUACGACAACGAAAAGAAGUUCAAGAUUUCGAGGAGUUAGCAGGCAUCGUUGGACCGGACGUUAUGAAGCUCAUCUGUGGGAUAAAGGGACAUGGAAUGUUACUCAGAAAAAGAAAGGAAAGCAAGUCUAUCUUGGAGCUUAUGAUGAAGAAGAAGCUGCAGCAAGAGCAUAUGAUUUGGCUGCUAUCAAGUAUUGGGGAACAUCAACCUUCACAAAUUUCCCGAUAUCUGAUUACAACAAAGAGAGAGAGAUAAUGCAAAAUGUCACUCGCGAGGAAUACUUGGCCUCUUUACGAAGAAGAAGCAGUGGUUUUGCAAGAGGUGUAUCUAAGUAUAGAGGCGUUGCAAGUGGUUAUGGUUUCAAUUCAUUCAACUUUAGGCAUCAUCACAAUGGGAGGUGGGAAGCAAGAAUAGGCCGUGUAUUUGGCAACAAAUAUCUCUACCUUGGUACCUAUAGUACUCAAGAAGAAGCUGCACACGCAUAUGAUAUUGCCGCAAUAGAGUACAGAGGGAUUAAUGCAGUUACUAACUUCGAUUUGAGCACUUACAUCAGAUGGCUAAGACCUGAUGCAAAUUCAGUAGGAUUUCAGGGUUUGAUUUCGGAAAAUGAGGCUCAACAAUCGAACUAUAACUACACAAAUAAUGCAAACAAGGAAACAAAAUUCUCAACCCCGAAUUCGUUUGCCAUAAACAAUCCGGUAAUAUCCCAAAAACACGAGAUUAUUGAAAGAAAAAUGCCCCUAAGCCCUUGUAACAAGACAUCUUCUCCAACUGCAUUAGGUCUCCUCCACAGAUCUUCCAUGUUUAAAGACCUAGUGGAGAAGACUUCUUCUGCUUCUAAUGAAGAAACAGAGAAAGACAAGACGGAGAUCAAGUUACAUACUGGUGGAGAAGAAGAUAAUUUUGUGUUUUACAACGGAAAGAAUCAUAUUACAAAUUAUGCUUGUCCUUCAAAUAUGGAAAAGUUGCCAAGAUUGGAUCCCUUGGAGAAUGAUGCUUCGUCUUUGUAUAAUGGAGGAGGACAGCCUUUUUGGACUUAAUGCCGCAAAAUAUUGAACAACAUUUCGUCAUUGUGUGAUUGAAAUAAUAUCAAAGGAUCACAACUUUUACAUUCCUCAUCAUAGUCCAAAGAACGCACAGGUUUAGAUUCGGUCUCAGUAGUUUUUUUCUUCUUUUUUCAUAAGCGAGUAGAUUGGUGCUAACUGAUCUACUUUGGUGUAUACAGAAUAAGGUAUUUUUUCUGAUGUACUUGUUAGAUAUGCGCUUGAUAAGUUUCAGAAAAUGAUACAAGAUUUUAAUA